AUGCCCCCCCCACUCGUGGACCCCUUCUCGGCGUCCUCCAAGCCCAUGCCCAUGGUUGAUAGCCUCCCCCGCCUUCCCCUCCAAUUCGCCGCCACGUUCCACCCCAUCGAUCCCAACACUUCCCUUCCAACUCGCGCACCUCCCCGCCCCCGGCCUCAGAGAGAUCCUCUGCCGCCUGCUCCACCCAUUCCGAUGUAUCACCAAAGCUUCUCACCGAAAGCGCCGUCCACGAGGGAUCUGAGAGAUCUCAAACUGGAAGAGGCAAGGGUCGGGAGCGACGCGUGGAUUAGCAAGUGUAUCGCUGGCUGUAUGGAUAAAUCAUCACCGGUCCUAGAGUUCACAGGUAUCGGCCUAGAGACGUUGUCUACCAGGAUAGUCGAGAUGCGCGACAUUGUCACCAUUAAACUUGCCUAUUUUGGACCCCGCUCUCCUGUCACUACAUUGCCCAAAGACCACCAAGCGGCACAGCAAUCAAUAGGCCACGGCCGGCCGGCUGGUUUUGGGCGGCCAGAGUUACGAAUCAGUUCGGCACCAGCUGCGAUGGGAAUGCGCAAUCCACGCGCAUCGCAAACGCCGCAACGAACUGGGGUUGUCCGAUUUGAUGGCCUACCUACACCAGCCGAAGAAGAGGGCGAGGAUGUAGCGAUCCCACCCCAGCGAUUUGCCAGACAAAACCCUAUAUCUAGAAGUGUUACGACCAUGAGCCCAGGUAGCAGCCAGCCCAACGCCGAGAUAUUUGCUGGUCAGAACAGGUUGACUCGAUUGCCUUCGGCAUUGUUCGAGGUUGGAAAUAUAUCAGUACUAUCCCUGCGGGGAAAUCGACUGCAAGCCUUGCCAGCAGCUAUCGGUAGCCUCAUAAAUCUCAAAGACCUCAAUGUAGCCAACAACUGCAUCACCGAGCUGCCACACACCGUCCUUUCUCUGGAAAGACUUGAACUCUUCUACGCUCACCCGAAUCCAUUCCUGGAAAAGGAUUCAGCCGGCCCCAUGUCACCUCUAGUGCGCCAUUGUCAGGCGCCCGUCCGAAGUUUGCGGGACAUGUGUUUAUCUCUUCUGAUUACACCGCGGAAACCGCAUGACCUCCCUCCAUUGCUAGACCGAUACGACUGGGAAGAGUUUGACAAUGUCGAACCUCAUCCCCUCCUUGAUCCCGCGGCCCUCCACACGGUCAUCCCGUGCAUUUCAGAAUCAACGCACAAACGCAUUCUACAGCUCCUGCGCAGCUUUAGCAAUCAAUUUCAUUACGCCAACGGACAUCAGCGUUCGUGGGAUCUGGACCGGAUAGACCCCUUCCCCCGAGGCAGUGAUGCUCCAGAUGAUGAUGCUUCUACCAAUCCCUAUUAUGAUUUCUGCCCUUCUCCUCGCCAUCUUGAGAGUGAUCUUGUCCCCACUCGGCACUUGUUCUUGCAUCCGGCAGAGGAGAGGGUGGAGUGGAGGGAUUUUGCCGGGCAAAAGAACCUGCCGAUACGAUGGAAAGGGUGUUCACCUGGAUGUCUGGCCUUUCUCGAGCAGGAACGUGAAGAGAUCGAGGAUGGAUUCGACGCGGCUGUCAUCGGAGACGGUGACGUGGUGUUCUGA